UCAGUUUGGUGGGCUAUUAUCAACGACUGACUAAUUACCCGUCCAGUCAUUCAUUGCGGGCGUUUCACUUUUCAGAUAUAUUCUCAUGUCUAAGCAUUAAAGCCUCCGAUCACGUGCUUCUCCUGCCUAGAGGUUAUCACCAGCUGCUCUUGCUGGCUGAUCAGUCUCAACUAUUAAGGUCAACUGCAGAUACAAUUACAAACGGAACAACAUUGUCACUUCAGCCCUAUGGUAUUUGCCGUUGAACAAAGGAUGCGUUUUUUAACGCCUCGUACCAUUUUUCUCACCUUUGAACUUAAACAUUGAAGGCGCAAAGUCGUAAGUAUCUAUAGCAACGAUAGCUCACGUCAGUUGCUUUGCCUUUUUUGUUGCGACUAGUUUUAUGUCCUGUUUCGUGUUGGAUCUCCAUGCUCAGACUGAGACACAGCAUUUGAGGGAAACACAUCAUUCUUUAAUUUUCUCCAAACUGCUACCAUCUACCAAAAAGGGAGUCAUGUACUUGCUCAAACUUGUUGGCAUUAUAGCCAUCUCUGCGGUGAUCAGUGCUGCAUGGGGGUCAGACCUCUGUCCCUCUCUGCCCGCCAUGAACUGUUCCUGCCCGUCAGGGUGGGAACUGUGGGAAAAGGCGUGCUAUCACCUUACUAGUUCAAAAAGUAAUUGGUAUGACGCUAACUCUGCAUGCCAGGAGAUAGGAGGCAAGAUGGCAGGUCCUCGUUCUAAUGACGAAAUGGAGUUCAUGGCAGAUGUUGCAAGACAGGACGACAGUAACUACUGCGCCUGGAUUGCUUGCAACGACAUUACAGUUGAGGGAAGUUGGUCUUGUGAGGGCCAAGGAGGAGAGCCAUUCCUGGAAUGGGGACAUGAUCAACCGGAUAAUUGGAACAUGGAUCAAAAUUGUGCUACAAUAGCUGCAAUGUUUAAUGACCGCAUGGACGAUGUGUCUUGUGCUGAUCCUCUUAAGGCUUUCUGCGUUCGUCAGGCUGUCUGCACUCCUGGCCAAACCCAACCCCGACGGUACUGCUUCUUUACCGACGCCCGCGGCCGCAUUCUCAACUCAACCUGCCUCCUCGACCACGUCAUCCGGGAACUUGGCACCGACAGCGCCAGCGCCUGUGACUCGGCCUGUAUCGAGGAGCCCGGAUGUCGCUCCUUUAACAUCAAGAAAAACAGAGACGGCAAAAAACUUUGCCAGCUGAACAACAGCACAAGCUCAGAGGACAAGGACAAGUUUCAAACUACCAGUUAUUUCUGUACCUACUCAGAGGUAUGCAUGGGCUAGACCGUGACUAUCUAAGAAAUGCAAACUACAAACCUCAUCUUGGACUUUAUAAAAACAAUUUUAAUUUGGCAUAUUUAACCUGGCGUGACAAUUUCUUGCAAUUAACACUUACUUACUAAUGAAAUAGCUGCAAAAAGGAAAAGAUAACCUCCCCCAAAAACAAACAAAAUAGGGGCGCCUUCUCUGUCCUUCGGCUACAUUUGACUUCGACAUUCUCAUAAGUGUGGUCUGCAAACCUGUAAAUUUAACGAAGCCUGAACUCAACUCAAAGAAGCCUGAACUCACUUAUUUGGAUAUUGCUUUUGAUGAAAACCAUUUUUGGAGAUCCUGCAUGUUUCUGGCUACGUUACAACCAACUUUAUGUUUCAGCGCCAAAGGAUCAAGGAGACUUUACGCUAGUAGCAUAAUAAGGUAGAGAGAGAAUUAAAACUUUGGCUUUAGUUUGAAAGCAAAGUAAUUACGAUCCGAAAAAAAUGCAAACCAUUAAAUUAUUUUGAAGCUUGAAUUUUCUCCGAUGCGACAAAGAAAUCAAAUAAGAUCAU